AAUAUGCGUUAAAGCUUCCGGAAGUAGCGCAACCUGGUACUUCAACUACCUCUGGCUGAAUAUAGAUCAUUAGGCAUAAAAUGUAUAACUAAACAAUUCAGAUAUUUUUAUCAUCGCAUAUUAGAUGUUCUAGCUAACGGAUCCAAGAAGAACGAUUAUACGAUGUAAACUCAGAGAAUAACAACUAACUGGAGACGCGGUGAAUUUAAUCCAGGUUACAUCAUGGCUGAUGACCCUCAGAGAAACUUCCGCUCUGCGUAUUAUGAAAAAAUGGGCUUUAGAGGAGUGGAAGAGAAGAAAUCACUGGAAAUACUUCUUAAAGACAACCCGCUUGAUGUAGAGAAACUCAGUACCUUCAGUCAGAGGUUCCCUCUCCCCUCCAUGUAUAGGAUUCACGUUUGGAAAGUGCUGUUGGGAAUCCUCCCUCCUCACAGUGACUCCCACUCUUUGGUUGGAGGCUACAGGAAGGAGCAGUACCAGGAUGUCAUGACGGCUCUGACUGUGAUGAGGUACAUCAACCCAUCUACACCCUCCACUCACAUCUACCUGCGCAUGUUCCAGCUGGAGAGCCAAGUUCUUCCACGAUGCUCUGAGAUCUUACCGCCGGAUGAGCAGAAUGAAGACUUCUUGGCCAUCAGCAGAGCCAUGGAGGAGAUAGUUGAUGAUCCCAUCGACUGCUAUUGGCUGAUCAAGUGUUUCAUUAAUCAGUUCCACACCAAGUUUGGAGACUCGCUUCCUCACCUUCCUAAGAGCUUGGAGCAUUAUCUGAGUCAGGAGGAACCUCGGCUGCUCGUCCAUCUGAGGAGCAUUGGGGCUCUUCCUCAGCUGCCUUACAGCCUGUGGUUCAAGCGCUGCUUUGCUGGCUGCCUGCCUGAAUCCAGCCUGCAGAGGGUGUGGGACAAAGUGAUCAGUGGCUCCUGUAAGAUCCUGGUUUUUGUAGCCCUGGAGAUCUUGCUCAGCUAUAAAAUCAUGUUGAUGGGCAACACCCGACCGGAGGGAGUGGUUAAGUUCCUGUGUAAUAUACCUCAGGAAAACACAGAUGCUAUUGUCACCAAGGCUAUCGAUUUGUGGCAGAAAUACUGCGGCAACCCAAACCACGCCCCGUAGCUGGAUGGAUCCAACAGGACCCCCACAUCUUCUACUGAACUGAGGCCAAAGUUCAUCUGUGGCCUUGUUUGAUAAGGAUACCAGAAACUUUUUUUUUUAAUCUGUUCCAGCUCCCAUCUAAGAACAUUCCAGACCUUCAAAGGAAGGACAAGUGAAGUUGGAAUGAAGGCUGUAAGGAGCUAGCAAACAUUUUUGGGAUGUGGACUUAAUACUGAUGCGGAAAAAAAACUGACAAAGACAAACAAAUUUACAAUUUUUUAAUAAGUUUCCUUUGUUUAAGAAAUGCCAUACAUUAGACCUCUUCAGAAAAUAAACAUUUUUUAUUUUCAAAGCAGACUGGACGUUUUCCUAUUCUUUCAAACCUAAAAAAUUAUUUUAGCUUGGUUCCAAAAAAUGGGAAAUCAACCAGUCUGCUAUAAAAAUACAAAAUUGUUAUUUUUUGAAGAGGUCUAGCCAUACAUCAUCGAGGACUCACAAUAAAUUAAUAUCAACAUGCGGUUCUCUGUUUACAAAAGACCAUUUGAAAAUCCUUUCAGUUUAUUUACAUCAUCUCAGAAGUCUGAGAGUAUUUCCUUUAAGGACAGAUUCGAACAUACAAGAGACAGCAGGAAUCCUGACUCUUACACACUCACACACACAGUUAAAUAAAUCAUUAAUAAUACAGUCAGAAGUAGAAAUUCAUGGAUUCAGUUUGAGUUGUAAGGUGGCAGGUUUCACAUUGUAUUCCCAUAAAAGGCUUAUCCAAGGCAAUAACACAGCAGAGUUCAGUGAUUGUUGUGUCAAUAUCUAAUAUUCAAUUUUAAAUAGUCAUUGGAAAUUCAAAAAUGAUUGUAAACAAAAAUGUAGGCACAGUGACACAGCAAAUCACUGAUCUCUGUAAUAUAUAUAUA